AUGCCAAACAACUACGAUUCGGACGGCGCACAUAGUACCCCCGUACCAACGGCAUUGAACAAUGUACGACGUCCGGCACAGUCUCUCCACACGAAAUGGAUAGCUGACGAACGGCUUGCGGAAGACACAACAAACAAGGGAACGGGACAACAAGAACGAGAAGAUGGCGAGGGUCGACAGGGUCUUUUCCCUGAGACAGCGUACAUGCCAGAGCUCCUUGCGGACCAGGAACAGUGGCGGAGGCGAAGGAAGGAUGCGAAACAAAACGAGGGAGAGCUGAGGAAAGCAAACAAGGCAAAGGACUCGGCCAAGAAGAGCUGGUCUCCGACCGGCGGCGAGUCUUCCGAGAAGAGCAGAGCGGAACACAAUUCCAAACAAGCAAGUCAAGAGAGCAGCGAGAGCGAUAACGAACAAGCUAGCAAGCAUCAAGUACAAGCUCCAAGAAAUGAACCGGGAUCAACUAGGACACUUGGAGACCAGCCAUCCAGUCAGUGUCUUGCGGCCAAAGUUGCCCACAAAAAGGAAGCAACAAAGGAAGGGAAAGGGGACAAAAAGGUUCUGACGCUGUCAGCCCACGGGAUUGACUGCAGGUCGAAGUGUGGCUGGCCGGCUGAAUCGAUCGUUCUCGUUGUCUGA